UGUUUCUGAGUUCCACUCUCUAAAACACCUCUCUCUCUCUCUCUCUCUCUCUCUCUCUCUCUCUCUCUCUCUCAUAAGCCUCUGUUUCUCAUCAGCUGUUUGUGAAGGAAAGCUAAAAGCUAAGGAAAAGGCUCUUGUGGCCCCAUCAAGGGAGAACGCAAGAGAGGUCCGUCGCCAUCCUCUGUCAUGGAGCUCGCUUCUUCCGUUUCCUCUGCUUCGUUCCUGAUGCUCGUGGCAUUGAUGGCUCUCGCAUGGCUUCUCAAGCAUGCGAAUUGGUACUUGUACGAGAUCCGGCUGGACGAGGAGCGACGGCGCUCGUUGCCUCCCGGUGAUCUCGGAUGGCCUUUCAUUGGGAACAUGUGGUCCUUCCUCAGAGCUUUCAAGUCUGGCGAUCCUGAUUCCUUCAUGUCAUCCUUCAUCAACAGAUUCGGUCGUACCGGAAUCUACAAGGCCUUCAUGUUUGGGAGCCCGAGCGUGAUUGUGACCAUGCCUGAGCCAUGCCGAAGAGUAUUGACUGAUGAUGAGAAAUUCCAGCCUGGUUGGCCCGUUUCAACCUUGAAAUUGAUCGGGAAGAAAUCAUUUAUAGGGAUUUCAUAUGAAGAACACAAAAGGCUUAGGCGUUUGACCGCCGCUCCAGUCAAUGGUCAUGAAGCUUUGUCUCUAUACAUAGGAUAUAUUGAAGAAAAUGUCAUAUCUGCGCUUCAUAAGUGGUCCAAGAUGGGGCAAAUUGAAUUCGUGACUGAACUUCGGAAGCUCACCUUCAGGAUAAUCAUGUAUAUCUUUCUUAGCUCAGAGAGCGAACCGGUGAUGGAGGCUUUAGAAAGGGAAUACACCACUCUCAAUCACGGUGUUAGAGCCAUGGCAAUCAAUCUUCCAGGAUUUGCUUACCACAAAGCACUCAAGGCUCGGAAAAAACUAGUGGCAAUAUUCCAAUCCAUAGUGGAGGAACGACGGAAUCAGGAGGAGACCAAGGUUCCUGCAAAGAAGAAGGACAUGAUGGAUGCCCUACUAGAAGUAGAAGACGAAAACGGUCGAAAGUUGAACGAUGAGGAAAUCAUCGAUGUGUUGUUGAUGUACUUAAAUGCAGGCCACGAAUCUUCCGGUCACAUCAUGAUGUGGGCAACCAUCUUCCUACAAGAGAACCAGGAGUUCCUUCAGAAAGCCAAGGAGGAGCAAGAAGAGAUCGUGAAGAAGAGACCGCCGGCACAAAAGGGUUUGACCCUCAAGGAAUUUCGGCAGAUGGAAUACUUGUCCAAGGUUAUUGACGAAACACUUCGCGUGAUCACAUUCUCACUGGUGGUUUUUCGUGAAGCGAAAUCAGAUGUCAGAAUAAAUGGUUACACUAUUCCUCAGGGUUGGAAAGUUCUGGUCUGGUUCCGAACCGUUCAUUUGGAUCCCGAAAUAUACCCGAAUCCAAAGAAGUUUGAUCCUUCCAGAUGGGAUGGUUACACACCCAAAGCAGGAAGUUUUCUUCCCUUUGGAGCAGGAAGCAGGAUGUGCCCUGGAAAUGAUCUCGCAAAGCUUGAGAUAGCGAUUUUCCUGCAUCAUUUCCUUCUUAACUAUAGGCUUGAACGACUCAAUCCCGGAUGUGCAACAAGGUACUUGCCCCAUCCGAGGCCAAUAGAUAACUGCCUAGCACGGGUCAGAGCGCUCUCAUCUCCAUCUGUAUAGAAGGGAAGACGUCCGAGUGGGAAAUUUUCUCUUUGUUUUCAAUUUUUCCAUAGUAGUAUGUUAAAAUCAUGUAUGUUCAUUCCCCGAGCUUUCCUCGGCGAGGGAACACCAAAACAGACCUUACGAGGGAAAACAGAAGUUGCAAGAUUUUGACUGUGUAAUGUUCUCGGAGAAGCAUGAUCUCUGAGGAAUCAACGUACAGAAGUUGGUUCAGUGUACUUUGAGACUUUGAGUUGUUUCGUGGGUUUAGUGCCAUUCAGCUGUAAAGACAGCAAAUUCGCAGGACGAUGGAAUCCAAUCUCUUUUCAUGGA